CAAGAUGCAUAGUUCGAUCUGGGCGGCGUUCUCGCGUCGUCUGAUGACUCAAGCGCAGCAGCUGCAAACGCUGUGGCGCGGAGAGACUACUGAAGCCGGCGGGCCAUCCCCACUCGUCAGAGACUACUUCAACUUGCACAAACUUAUCGUGCUUGUCACUGAUUCCGGCAAGAUAUUCGGUAUAGACAACCUCACAGGGGCGAUAUUAUGGCAGCGCUACGAGCCAUCGUUGGAUACUGACGGAGUAAUAGUUUUCACUAGAAGGACAGCUCGACAUCCUCCACUUGACGCUUAUCUCACCAUUGUGGGGAAAGAUAUGGACACUGGCAACGGCCUAAUAAUAAGUAUAAACCCUAUUCGAGGCACUUACGUUGGCGAAAGGAUUCUGCAAUUGGAUAGUCAGUUGCUGCAGUGCGCGCUUUUGCAUAAACCCGACAAUGAGAAAUUGCAGGCGCUCAUAUUGCUAUACAAGGACGAGUCUGUACAGGUAUUACCAGGUUCCGCAGCGCCACUUGUAGAAAAUAUGUACAUGUACGUAGCUGAGAGGAGUACAGCGAAAGUACAGGGGUACGCACUCAGAUACGACGGCAAAGCAGUAAUAGCAGAAAAGACGUGGUCGCUAAACCUCGGCGGCGAUGACAACUCUGGCCACAGAAUAGUAACGGUGGUGGGUAAGCCAGCCAACGAACGAGUUUAUUCGCCCGGGCGGGUCCUGGGCGACCGCAGCGUGCUGUACAAAUACAUCAACCCUAACGUUGUGCUGUUCAUCACUGAGGGACCCGACGCGUUGCACAAAGACGUGGUGGUGGCGACGUGCGUGGACGCGGUGUCGGGCGGCGUGGUGGCGGCGCAGGCGCACCGGCGCGCGCGCGCGCUGCCGCUGGCCGUGCACAGCGAGAACUUCCUCGCCUACCUCUACUACAACGACAAGCACCGCCGGACGGAGAUCGCCACGAUGGAGCUGUACGAGGGCAAGCACCGCUGGUCCCCCGCGGGGGCCCCGUUUAGUUCGCUGGCCACGGAGCGCGCCCCCAGCGUGGAACGCCUGGCCUACAUCGUGCCCGCGCAGCCCACGGCCGCAGCCGCCACCACCACAGAGCGGGCGCUCACCGACAAGCACGUGCUGCUGGGUCUGUCAACGGGCGCGAUAAUAGAAAUGCCAUGGGUAUAUCUAGAACCUAGAAGACCAGUAACUCCCACGCCAGACCAGCGAGAAGAAGGACUGAUUCCCUACGCGCCUGAACUGCCUCUGCCUUCCGAAGCUGUCAUCAACUACAAUAGGACGUUAUUGAAAAUAAAGGCCAUCCACACAGCGCCUUCAGGACUCGAGUCUACUUGUUUAGUACUUGCUACUGGAUUAGAUCUUUUCUACACGCGAGUAGCGCCAUCGAAAACCUUCGAUCUCUUAAAAGACGACUUCGACUACUCCCUCAUAUCAAUAGUGCUGACGGCGUUAAUAGUGGCCACGUACAGCACCAAGUACUUCGCGUCCAGGAAAAUGCUCAAACUCGCGUGGAAGUGAUGCCUGAUCUGUAUAUAUUAGGACUGUACUCGGGUAAGUACCUUUAUAAGGGAUGUUGCAAAGCGAGAAGAAAAAAUAUAUCAGGCAAACGCUGACAAUGACAACGUUCAUGUAAAAAAAAUCGCCACCAUUGUAAAUGUGCCUGAUAACCAUACUGGAAAGGAAAUGCAUAAGUAUUUUUGUUUUUUAAGUAAAUGGACUUGCUUUUGAUCGCUACUCAAUCCGAGAUAGGGUCUACGAUGGUACGAGGUCGCCCAAAAGAUACUCGGGUUAUAUGUGCUCGAAAACAGUCGCAGGCAGAGAAUUCCGUUCCUGGGCAGCGAAUAAUGGAUGAAAAAGCACGUAAUAUGCCUCCAUGGGAAAGGAAUGUGGUAGUAGGGAGUGUAGAACGAUAUAUAGCGCGGAAUUUCUGCGCAAGAAUAACAGUAUCUCGCGUUUUAUGUCGUUCGCACCCUGCCGUGCUAGCCUUUCUGGUCUAUCAGGAAUACAUUCCAAAUGAUAAAAACCGAUUUCAUAAUAUUUAUAUAGUAGCAAUAGAGCUCCAUGUGAAAGAGUUCGUCCAGGGUAGUACUGCCACCUAUUUCUGCCACCAAGCAGUAAUGUCAGCAUUAUUGUGU